AUGAAGGCUUCUGUGAUCACUGCUGUCACCUGGGCCGCCUGCGUUAUGGCCGGGCCCAUUGGUCUAAGCGCCCGCCAGAAUGAGCGUGGCGGCGACUGCCCUUGCGAGGUUGAGACCAUCACCAUCACCGUCCCUGCUCCCACUGAGACCAUUGGCGGACCUACCGGUACGACCACUUCUCCCUGCACCGAUACCGAGACUGAGACCGUGACAGUGACAGCUACCAACACCGCUACCGAAACCAACACAGCUACGGAGACCGACACCGAGACCGACACCGAGACCGGUACUGCCACCGAGACCAACACGGCUACCGAGACCAACACCAACACUAACACGGCCACUGAGACUAACACGGCCACUGAGACUAACACCAACACCAACACCAACACCAAUCCUGGUACGGAGACCGGCACUGCUACCCAGACUGGUACUGCCACUGAGACCGGCACCGCUACUGUUCCUCCCACCUCUGUCCCCACCUGCGAUGACGAGCGCUGCCACGGUACCGGCCACAUUAUUCAGGACCUUGGUCCUCAGGUCAACCGUCUCCUGACUGUCACCGGAUCUCACGGCGAGACACUCCUCGUGGAGGUCAACGAGGACAUUUACAACCUUCUUGAGGGCCGUGUCAGCCUGAGCGACUCGGUCGGUGAGAUCAUUGGCGAUGUUGCUUCCGUUGGCGAGCUCGUUGCAGACCUCGGCCCCAUCGUCGACUGCAUCCUGACCAUUGUCGGUGAGGAUGCCCAGAUCCUGCUCGUUGAACUUGCUCCCGAAGUUGCCGACCUCCUCCGUGGUCUUGGUGUCACCCUCGGCCUUGAUUCCGUCAACAACCCUGUUGGUCAGAUUGUCCAGUCUCUCGGUAUCAAUGUCAAACGCCAGGAUGGUGGCUACAUCUUCCAGGUCCUCGGUGAGCACGACGAAAGUCUCAUUGUCAGCAUCACCGGUGAAGUCGGUGACAUCCUCCACAACCUCCACCUCGCUGGCGUUAUCGGUACCGUCAUCGACGUUGCGAUUGAUGUUACCCAGCUCAUCCAGCGUCUUGGCCCUGACACUGAGGACCUCCUCAUUGUUCUUGGCCGCGAGACUGGUGCUCUCCUCAUCCGCCUCUCCCCUGAGGUUGCCGGCCUUGUCGACGGCCUCCUCCCUGAGCUGAGCGGGCCCGUCGGCGCCAUCAUUGCCACCAUUGGCGGCAACCUGUAA